AUUAUUGGCUUGAACUUUAAACUUUACCAUUAAUUUCUCCUCCACCUUAACUUCUACUGCAAAUCAGAUUGUCCCCAUAACUCAAAACACGUUUCGUGCUCUUCCACAUACGCCAUGUUAAAUUAGAUCAAAUGAAUAUCUAUAAGAGCCCCAAAAAGCCUUAAAAGUACUAUCAAAGUCCAUUUCUUUGACCUUUAACCUUUUCCUUUCUAUUGAAAGAUUGGUUCUUUUCGCGUUUUGACUUCAGAAAACAACUGGGUUUGGUUUUGAUUGGUGUCUUAGAACUGGAGAGAGGGAGAAAGGGAAAUGGCAAUGCCAUGGAACUUGACUCUGUGGAUGAUGAAGAUGGUUUGGCUAGCCUUAAGCGGAUGGGUCUCGUCUUGCUUGACUGUAGCUGAUGAGGUUGCUAGUUCUAUUAGAACUGGAGAUAUUGGACCUUUCCAUGUUGGGUGAUUUAUGUUCUUUCAUAUUUGG